AUGGCAGCCUGCAUCAAGAGCACUCAGAUCAUGCAACCGAUCAGUCUUGAUGCAGAGUUGUCUUACGUGAGGAAUGAUGUCAUUAAUCACUAUGCAUUGUCCUUCAAUCUCUUAAUACCCAGGGAGACCAACAAUCUUCACUUCAGCUGGCAUGCUAAAUCCAAGGUUGAGUAUAAACUGGGAUUUCAGGUAGAUAAUCCCAUGGCUAUGGCUCUGCCCCAGGUCAACAUUUCUCUACAAGGAGAAGUUCCUCGCACCCUUUCAGUGUUUCGUGUCGAACUCUCCUGCACUGGCAGACUCGAUUCUGAUGUCACAAUACUAAUGCAGCUCAACUUGACAAUAAAUUCGUCAAAAAACAUCACAGUUUUAAAUUUCAAACGAAGGAAAGUGUGCUACAAAAAGCUUGAACCAGAAGUAAAAUCUCCAGCAUCUGAUAAAAACAGCAGCAAGGCUAUCUUUGAUCCCGUAAAUGCAGCUCCCACUACUUCUACCCGUGUGUUUUAUAUCAGUGUAGGCGUGUGCUGUGCUGUUAUAUUCCUGGUGGCGAUAAUAUUAGCUGUCUUGCAUCUCCACAGCAUGAAAAGGAUAGAGUUGGAUGACAGCAUUAGUGACAGCAGUAGCUCACAAGGUUUAUCCCAACCUUCCACACAGACGACACAGUACUUGCGAGCUGACACACCAAACAAUGCAACGCCAGUAACCA